CCUGCUUCCUGUGCAGCGGGGAAUUCUGGGUGGUGUGGGUUGGCGACUUUCCCGCCAAAAAUCUCUCCCCGUCGUCCCGGCCGCAUCCUCCCUGCGGGACUUUUGUGUUGUUGAGUUUGUGAGGAGAAGUCGAGAACAUUUUAUAAAGUUGUUGAUUCCUUGGCGAGUGACUAGCCAUGGACGCGACCAGCGGGAUGCGAGCGCGCGUGAACGCCGGCACGCUGUCCCAGCACGUGGGCAAGGUGGUGUACUUCCUCGGGAAAGUGGAGCAGGUUCACCAGUCCGGUUCGAGCUUCACCAUCAGCGACGGAGAUGGGCAGAGCAUCACCGUGGAGAUGCAGGCACCGCUGGACGAGUUGCUGAGUGGGGUGGUGGACGUGGCGGCUCGGGUCACCCACAAGGGCUCGCUGCAGUGCCUGAGCUACGAGCGCAUCCGGGAGGACAAGGUGCCCUUCGACCUCCACCUGUACAACGAGGCCAUCAAGAUCAGCCAGGACUUCUCCCAGUUCUACCUGCCGGAGCAACUUAACAUGUGAUGACCUCCGUCGUUCGAGCCCCCGUCGACCGGUCAACCCCAAACCAGCACACGGUGGAGUGGCGGGGGUUGGGGGCGGGGGUGGUGGGUCUUAACUCGCCGUGGACGGAACGGGUUCACCCAUCUCGGCAGUUCCGCGAAUUGUCGCGAUCCCAUUCCAGAGUCGCGAUGAGCACGGUUGGCUACGUACGGUGGCGAAAGGAGGUUCACCGUGCGUUCGUGCGUGGUUCGAUUCCAGGGUUGACGCUUCGAUGUUGCCGUGGUGGAAUGGCGCCUCUAGUGGCUGCAAGGGUCUUCUUCUCAUCGUACGGCUGUUGUGGAUGCAGCAGGACGACGACGCCUGCGACAAUCUCACAUUCAGGUGGUCAAGCCAGGUUGGCCACAAUGGCGAUGCGAACCCAAGAACAUGCAACACAUACGGGUCGAAAAGCAUCGGUUUUCACACGUACACGCUUCUUCCCGCGUAUCGGUGAGCUUACGGACAUAUCGACGUUAAUUGUUACUUCGUACCACCACCCAAUUAAGUACCCGCAGCGGUGGGAUUUACGUGUUGAGACUUGUACCCCUUCCUCCACUGGCCCAGUGCCAGCAUGGCACGGGUAGUUUUCCCUUUUGCCGAGCCGGAACCGAAGCCGCGCUUAACGCUGGCUUCACAGGACACAUCCACGCUAGGAGCGCGGGGCCUAGUGACGUGCGCACGAUGCGUGUUUUCACGUCACUGCGUCGUUUGCAACCCGUGCGGCUUGCGGUCAUGAGUCACGUGACGUCAGCGGCACGGCUCUACUUGUGCAGUGGAAAAUAAACCCGGAUUUCCUGACCUGUGCAGUGCUAACCCGGCAUGGCCCCAGCACAGCUCAGAUGUGCAAAUGGAAAAGAGGUAUUGGCUUGGUUCAAAAUUUAAACUAAAACUAUUUUUAUGUUACCAGGUAAGGGCCACUGAGCUAUAUAUCUCUUUUUCUAAAGCGACCUGGCUAUCUGAAAUAAUAGCUCAACGGAGUGGCGUAUCAUCCACGCGACCACGGAGAGAGAGAUGUGCAAACUCCACAUAUACAGCAAGCGUCAGGGUCAGGAUCGAACCUACGACCGCCUGCAUACCAGGCGAUGGAGUUAACAUCUAGCCGGGCGGCAUCCAAUAAGAGUCAUCACGGAGAGGUGACUCGCCUGUCUCGUAUUCUAGAUUGGUGGUUCAAAUCCUGAUCUGCUCUGUGAUAUAUUUGCACAUCACAAACAGCGUAAUCCAUUGCUGCUUAUUGUGCUCACUUAAAUUAUACUUAUGUGACGCUGACCUUCUUUAACACCGUACGUAGCCAACCGUGCUAAUUUAAUUUGUCUUUCUAAAUGUGGCCGCGCUCACGACUGCACCACCCCUGCAUUUGUAAUUUUGUAGCAUAGUAAAUUACCACCAACGGAAGUUGGGUGCAAAUGCACACAGAAGCAGAACAGGUCCACACCCUGUUGGCUUUCCACAACACCUUUACCCAGCAGCAUUUGCCUAAGCAAGCAAACUCUGGACCGGUUUCAACUUCUUGGGUCUCGUCAGCAGAGCGAGGCUUGUGAACACAAAUGCUGCCGGGUUGCCCGUCGUCAUUGGCACGAGCAGCCAAGCCACAGCGUGCAUCGUUUGUACAUAACGGAUGGGGAAUGCGUUUGUGAAUUAAAGUCAAUUUGUGGAAGGACGUGUUUUAACAUUAAGGCCAUCACUGCGGCCCAAAUAUGUUGGGGUUUGUCUUGGCCAUGGGUCAGCAACCCACAGCUCAUUGAGGGAACGGCUUCGUUGGCGUUAUCCAAAUGCAUUUUGAAAUUUAAAAAAUUUGUUUCCGAAAUGUCUUGGCCAGGAGUCGGCAAACCUGCAGGCUGUUGUACCGGAGCCGCAUGCGGAUCUUAGAGGACCGCUAUGUGACGUUAUUCACGUGCAUUUCGCCUCUUCAAUUAUUUAUUUUUGUUGUUAACGAAUUAGAAAAAAAGCGGCCGCUCUUAUUUUUUUUGUUGCCGACCCCACCCACCACCCCUGGGCUUGGGUGCAUGAAUUGAAAAAGUAAGCGCUCUUGACAUUGAAUUUGAAACGAAAGCGUUGUCACCACGUAACUUUUCUCCGCGGUUGUUCGGGCUCAAUUUUGUUUUCGCGUUGCCGCUCGGCCGAUGGCGUCGAGGUUCGGUGUAAACCCACAGCUUGUGUUGCGGAGGUUAUAAGCUAAACUAUUUUAAAACUACAUUUUAUUUCACCAGGUAAAGCCCACUGAGCUUUUAGCGGUUAUUCAGAAGCGACCUGGCCACAAAUGACAGCUCGACAAAGUGGCUUAUCACGUGGACACUUACAGCAGCCACUUAAUCUAAACGCACGUUUCUAAAUGUGGAGGGAAAACACGGAGGACCCGGAGAAAAUUUAAUGCAACCACAGGGAUAACAUGCCAACUUCAAAUAUACAGUGGGCGUCAGGGUCAGGAUCGAACCCACGACCUCCCGCAUACCAGGCGAGGGAGAUAACAUCCCGCCACCUCGGCAUUUCCCCACUGAGCCAUCGCAGUCAAAUAGCCGCGUGAAGUGUACGCUUUGUGUUGAUUCCAUUGUUGUUUUCCUUGCUUCUUGAAGUAUAAAGUGUCCGUGUUGUCGUUUCCUUGAACCCUGCAAGUGAAUUAAAACGGAAUUUGCCUUCGA